AUGAGCCAGAUUCCAUAUAUCUACAAAAGCCUUCGCGGGACUCUAGAAUUUGACAUUCUGGACCUGCACAAGACUUACGGUGACAUAGUACGGAUCGCCCCUAAUGAGCUGGCUAUCUCCGGCCCGGGUUCUUGGAAGGAUAUCUUGGGAAAUCGCAGAAGCGGCGAAGAACAACUGGAAAAAUUCAAGCAGUAUUAUCGCCCUACAGGAGGGAAAAAAGCAACCAGCAUUAUCAGUGCAGAUCGCGAUGAUCACAGCCGGCUACGUCGUCAACUUGCCCAUGGUUUCUCGGAUAAAUCAAUGAGGGAACAGGAGCCUCUCAUUACCCAGCACAUAGACCUCUUGGUGAAAAGAUUUCAUGAACGGGGCGGAGGGGGUUCUAAGCCUUUCGAUCUGACGCAGUGGUAUAACUAUGCCACGUUCGAUGUCAUCGGGGAUCUGACGUUCGGUGAAUCAUUUGGAUGUCUCGAAAACGCCUACUUUCAUCCUUUCGUCAAGCUCAUGCUGGCAUCAGGGAAGAUUGCAGUGUUCUUGCAGUGUCUUAGUUUUUUCCCGCUAGCUAAAGAGACCUUAAACUUGAUUCCAAGGUCGGCAAUGAAAAGUCAGGCGAACGUUGCAAAGGAAAAAAUCCUCAGGCGAAUGCAACUUGGUAUCGAGCGCUCCGAUUUAAUCGAGGGACUGCUGAAAAAAAAGGAUGAAUGGAAUAUGAGUCUGGAUGCGCUCUCAGCAAACGCCAGACUUCUCCUCGUUGGCGGGUCCGAAACUACCGCAACGCUCUUGUGCGGCGUGACAUAUCUGCUGUUAUCGAACCCUCAAACCCUUGAAAGGUUGACCGCAGAGGUCCGCUCAGCCUUCAAAAGCGAGGACGAAAUUAACAUGAGCUCCGCUAAUGACCUCAACUACAUGCUUGCAUGUCUUGACGAGGCACUGAGAGUGUAUCCACCAGUGCCACUCGGGCUACCUCGAGUUGUUCCUAAAGGCGGCUGUGAGAUAACUGGGAAAUUCAUCCCUGAAGAUACUGUGGUCGCGGUCCACCACUGGGCAACAUAUCACAGUGAAAAGUACUUCACAGACCCCUUCGCCUACCACCCCGAACGUUUCUUAGGCGAUCCCAAAUAUGCCAGUGACAAGCGCGAUCUGCUCCAACCCUUCCAUAUUGGACCAAGAAGUUGUCUCGGUAGAAAACUGAUUACACCGCUAACGACUGGUUAUUUAUUAUCCCAUAUGAGCAGCCUAGCGUAUGCGGAAAUGCGCCUCAUUCUGGCGCGAUUAAUCUACAACUUUGAUAUGAGUCUUGCGAAAGAGAGCGCGAACUGGCUGGCAAAACAAAAAGUGUUCCUCUUUUAUACGAAACCGCCGCUGAAUGUUUAUAUGACACCUGUUAAUUCAAUGGAAUAA